CUGCUCGAACAGCUGUUUCAUGUUAUAAAAUCAACCGGCAAAUGGUUGAGGCUAUUUUUAUUUAGUUUUAUAUUAAAAACAACUCUAAAACAAUGCUUAUAAGAAGAAUUAAGUGCCUCCGGUAUCUGGGAACCCGCCACAACAGCUCGCACUACGUGACAACUCCCAUAUUUUAUGUAAAUGCAGCUCCCCACAUUGGUCACCUCUACUCGGCGGUCAUAGCCGAUGCCCACUGUCGCUACCAGAGAUUAAGGUACCCGGAGAAGGAGGUACGCCUCUGCACGGGAACGGAUGAGCAUGGCACAAAGAUCCAACAGGCGGCGGCGCUUCACGGGAUUCCCGUGGCCAAAUAUUGCGAUGAUAUAUCGGAGCGAUACCGGGAGGUGUUCCGCAGUGCCGGCAUCCAGCCGGAGGACUUCAUCCGCACCACGGAGGAACGGCACAAGCGGGCAGUUGCUCAUUUCUGGCGCACUCUCCAAGGACGAGGCCACAUCUAUUCGGCUGCGUACAGCGGUUGGUAUUGCGUGUCCGACGAAACCUUCCUUACCGACUCCCAGCUGCGAUUGGAUAAGUCCACCGGCAGCCGUUACUCCCUGGAAUCUGGGCAUCCCGUCGAGUGGACCGAGGAAACAAACUACAUGUUCCGUCUGUCGCAAUUCCAGGACGAUGUGCGCCACUGGGUGAAACAGGAGGCUCGUAUUCGGCCGGCCAAGUUCGAAAAGAUUUUGCUAGACACUCUCAGCGAACCACUGCCGGAUGUGUCGGUAUCACGUCCUGCCAACCGCGUUCACUGGGCCAUUUCUGUUCCGGAUGAUGAUACACAGACGGUCUACGUCUGGCUGGAUGCUCUGGUCAACUAUCUCAGCUCUGUGGGAUAUCCCAAUGAGGGGUUCUCCGGCCAUUGGCCACCGACGCAGCAGGUGAUCGGCAAGGACAUCCUCAAGUUUCACGGCAUCUACUGGCCCGCCUUCCUCCUGGCCGCUGGCCUGGAACCGCCUGGACAGCUCUUCGUCCACUCGCACUGGACCGUCGACGGGCAGAAGAUGUCGAAGAGCAAGCACAACGUGGUGGAUCCCGCCCAGGCAGCCCGCCAGUACACCAUGGAGGGCCUGAGAUACUUCCUGCUGCGGGAGGGCGUGGCCCACAGCGAUGGCAACUACAGCCACGUGAAGGCGCAGCGCAUCCUCAACUCGGAGCUGGCGGACACCCUGGGCAAUCUGCUAUCACGUGCCUGUGCCAAGUCGCUGAAUCCCGGCCAAAUCUAUCCAUCAGGCAGUGCCGAGCACUUGGCGGAUCUCCUCCAGAGCCUGGAUGCGGCCAAACGCCUGCAGGAAUCGCUUCUGCAGCUGUCAGAGCGAUGCGCGUCGCACUACGAGUGCAAUCACUUCCACUUGGUGGCCGACACUGCGAUGGCGGCUCUGCAUGCGGCCAACAACUUCUUCGAGAGCUCCAAACCCUGGACGCUGAAGGCGGGCGCCCCGGAUGGCAACGCGCCCCGUUUGGAGACCAUAAUCGCCAUGACAAUGGACGCGCUGCGGCUCUGCGGCAUUGUGCUGCAGCCCAUAAUUCCCCAGCUGGCCACGCGGCUGCUCGAUAAGCUGAGCGUGCCCACCGCACAACGUGGCUGGAAUCACUUGGCCCAGAGUUUUGCCACCAGCCCCGCGGAUCUCGCCGGGAGCCGUCAAUUGGACGGGCAGACCAGUGCGCUGCUCUUCCAGCGGAUUCUCGAGGAGAAGGAGAAGGAGGAGCAGAAGCCGCAGCCAGCCAAGCGGAGCAAAUCGAAGAAGAAGGAGUGCCGCGAAACAUUGUCCUGAAGUAGCCGUAAUAAACUGAUUCCAAAGCCAAGCCACCGGCGACAUUUGUUCAUUGCGAGGGCUUAACAAUGGGCGGCAAUAAGUCAUUUUUUUCUGGCAAAGAAACUACAGAUGUACCAUAAUUAAAUUUUCUAAAUUUUUAUAACUAACAGAUUUUGUUCUACUUAAGCCGUAAAAUAACUUCCAAGAUGUAUCUGCUAUUCAAAGAACUAAUUUGUAUGCAUUUAUUAGAGCAAAACAACCACAAUUGUUUAAAAAAAUACUAUAUUUCGAAUUAAGCAAAUACGUUUGGUUACAUUUUGGCCAAUAACCUUUGUAAGCCAGUGCAGGCAUUCGAAAACGCAGGGCGCACAACUCGGCUAACUCCGGUCCCCGGGCUCCCACUUCGCAGUCUCAUUAAAAUCCACUUAAUUAUGUGCAGGAAGGAAAAAGCAGUGCCGUCAGCAGCGUCGCUGUCUCAUAUUCCUUUGUAAUUUAUUACGCGUAAUUGAAGUCAGCAUCAGGUGGCAAGGAUGGGGCGUUAUUUAUGGCCUUCAAUUGGCAAACAGGUUGAGGCCAGGCCGCCAAGCCGCCAAGCUGCCAAGCCGAACAUGAGGCCAGACUUUUAUUUGUUAAUUUAUUUUAAUUUCCCCGUCCAGCCCAAAAAAAAAAAAACAAGCAGUGGAGAAAAGUAAGCACACCAUGUAAAUGCCCCACGAGCUGGGUAAUCAAAAUAAAUGAGCAUGUGGCCCUCGAUUUAAGUGGGAGUGCAUAUGGGAGUGGAGUGGCUGAGGGCCGAGUCAAGUGCAGCCAUUAGAGUCCGUGGCUGGCUGGCCCAGAGGAGCAGACAAAGCUGAUUAGAUUACCCGCCAGCCAGCGCCAGAUCCGCUCCGUGGAAAUAGUUUAAUUACGAUUUCCCCUCGAAGUUCGCACACGGCAUCAAUCAAGUCAAGCCCAGAAGUCGAGAAUCAGUGGCCAAGAGCUUGCGGUUUUCCGCUUGGGUGAUGCAAAAGCCAAGGGAGUUGCACCUGUUUAGGUAUUUUUAAGAUUCUCUUAAAACCUAUAAAUAGAUUUUUAAAUCGUUUGUAAAGCGACAAAACAGGAGGAAUUUCAUUAUCUUAAAGUCAAAUGUUUAAAAAGU